UCCCCGCCAGGCACGGUGGGCUGAGCCGCGGGACUCCACUAGCGCCCCCCACAGUACCGAGCGGCAGGGUGCAGCCUGGCUGGGACGCAUGCGCUGCCCCCGGCCCCGAGCACAGAGGGAGACAGGGAGCCUUCAGAGCUCGUGCAGCACCAGCCGCAGCUCCUCCUCCCGCCAUCAUCACCAACCCCGGAACAGGGCAGCUCGCCACACUGCGGGCAGUCACACCGCGCCAGCCAGCCGGACACACAGUAAUUAAAUUGUCAGCCUCAUCAUUGAGCAGCAGCAGAUACAAGCAGGUAGCAACACAUGGAGAAAAAAGCAAAGUUAGCCUCAGCCCAAGCUGAGCAAGGAAAACCUCCAAAAUCCCCUCCGCUGUACCGUGGUUCACGAUCAUCACCUCCUCCUCCUCCGCUGUCCGCUGACGAUACCGAAGAUCUGCAAGUUGAUGAUGCAUUACUGGGAAGACCCCUUGGACCCACCCCAAGCCAGAGUCGCUUUCAAGUGGAUCUAGUCAGUGAGGGUGCUCGGGAAGCUGCUGCUGCAGGGCAAGAGGAAACAAAACAUACAGGGGAUGGCAUCACUCAUAGGGGCAGAGGUGGAUCAGGUGGAGAAGAGGCCAAAGGGCGUUUUAGGGUGAAUUUUGUGGACCCUGCAGAUCCUGACUGCAGCUCCCCAGACGCUGCAGGGGGUGGUGAUGGUGGCGGGGUGGGAUUCCAAAAUGGCGAUACUGUCUUAAGUGAAGGUAGUCUACACUCUGGUGGAACUGGGCAUCACUAUCACUAUGAUACUCAUACUAAUACCUAUUACCUGCGCACAUUUGGGCAUAACACAAUUGAUGCUGUGCCCAGGAUAGACUAUUACCGGCACACAGCCGCUGACCUUGGAGAGAAACUGCUGAGACCAAGUUUGGCAGAAUUACAUGAUGAGCUUGACAAGGAGCCUUUUGAAGAUGGCUUUGCAAAUGGAGAUGAAGGCACCCCCACUGGGGAUGCUGUCACAAAUCAUGUUGCAGACAGCACAGGGGUGGUGAAGUUUGGUUGGAUUAAAGGUGUAUUGGUGCGAUGCAUGCUAAAUAUAUGGGGCGUGAUGCUCUUCAUCCGGUUAUCGUGGAUUGUUGGCCAAGCUGGCAUUGGUUUAAGUAUUGUUGUCAUUGCAAUGGCCACUGUUGUCACCACCAUCACUGGUCUGUCUACAUCAGCAAUUGCCACCAAUGGUUUUGUGAGAGGAGGAGGUGCGUACUACUUAAUCUCUAGAAGUUUGGGUCCAGAGUUUGGAGGGGCAAUUGGGCUCAUCUUUGCCUUUGCAAAUGCCGUAGCUGUUGCUAUGUAUGUGGUGGGCUUUUCUGAAACAGUGGUAGAGUUACUCGAGGAACACAAUGCCAUUAUGGUGGAUAACAUCAAUGACAUUCGAAUUAUUGGAGCGAUCACAAUUGUACUAUUACUGGGAAUCUCCGUAGCAGGAAUGGAGUGGGAAGCAAAAGCCCAGAUUGUCCUGUUAAUCAUUUUGCUGCUGGCUAUUGUUGACUACUUCAUAGGAUCAGUCAUUCCUAUGGAGGACAAGAAAGCAAAAGGGUUCUUUGGUUAUAAAGCUGAAAUUUUUUCUGAAAACUUUGGUCCAGCUUUCCGAAAUGACGAAACCUUUUUCACAGUGUUUGCCAUUUUUUUUCCUGCUGCAACUGGCAUCUUAGCAGGAGCAAAUAUCUCAGGUGAUCUUGCGGAUCCUCAACAAGCCAUACCUAAAGGAACAAUGUUGGCCAUUCUUAUAACCACCAUUGUCUACAUGGGUGUUGCUGCCUCUGUAGGUUCAUGUGUUGUUCGCGAUGCAACUGGGAACAUUAAUGACACCCUUUCCAUGGCAAUAACAAACUGCACUGAAGCAGCGUGUAAACUAAAUUAUGACUUUUCAGAAUGUAGAUCAAAGGAAUGUAAAUAUGGACUAAUGAAUAACUUCCAGGUAAUGAGUAUGGUUUCUGGAUUUGCACCUCUCAUCACUGCUGGGAUUUUUUCUGCUACCCUCUCUUCUGCCCUUGCAUCGUUAGUCAGUGCACCAAAAGUGUUCCAGGCCUUGUGUAAAGACAACAUUUAUCCUGGUCUUUUGAUGUUUGCCAAAGGCUAUGGAAAAAACAAUGAACCCCUGCGUGGCUACCUACUAACAUUCAUAAUUGCACUGGGAUUCAUUUUAAUCGCUGAACUAAACACGAUCGCCCCAAUCAUCUCCAACUUUUUUCUGGCUUCAUAUGCCUUAAUAAACUUCUCUGUGUUCCAUGCAUCACUGGCCAAGUCUCCAGGAUGGCGUCCAGCUUUCAGAUACUACAACAUGUGGGUUUCACUCAUUGGAGCCCUUCUAUGUUGUGGAGUCAUGUUUGUCAUUAACUGGUCAGCGGCCCUUUUGACAUAUGUCAUAGUCAUUGGAUUGUAUAUAUAUGUGACUUACAAGAAGCCUGAUGUGAACUGGGGAUCCUCAACACAAGCUUUGACGUAUUUGAAUGCCUUGCAACACACCAUCCGCCUUGCUGGAGUAGAAGACCAUGUAAAAAAUUUCAGGCCGCAGUGUCUUGUUUUAAUAGGUGCACCAAAUUCACGGCCUGCGCUCCUUCACUUAGUACAUGCCUUUACAAAGAAUGUUGGUUUGAUGAUCUGUGGACAUGUUCAUAUGGGUCCUCGCAGACAAGCUAUGAAAGAAUUAAUAACAGAUCAGGCUAAAUACCAACGGUGGCUUAUUAAGAACAAAACUAAAGCAUUCUACUCACCAGUUCAUGCAGAAGAUUUACGAGAUGGAGCUCAAUAUCUUAUGCAGGCUGCUGGUAUAGGGAGAAUGAGACCAAAUACGCUUGUGGUGGGCUUUAAAAACAACUGGAUGCAGUGUGAUAUGAAAGAAGUGGAUACCUAUAUUAAUAUUUUCCAUGAUGCAUUUGAUUUCCAGUAUGGUGUGGUCGUCAUCAGGUUAAGAGAAGGCCUAGAUGUUUCUCAUCUCCAAGGACAAGAAGAGUUAUUAUCCUCGCAAGAGAAAUCUCCCGCUACCAAAGAUGUUGUGGUCAAUGUGGAAAACCGUAAAAACACAGAAGCUGAAUCUUCUAGGCCAUUCUCAAGUGACAGCAGUCCUAUGAUGAGAAAAGAUGAGGAAGAUGAUGGCAAGACUCCAACACAGCCACUAUUGAAAAAAGAAUCCAAAAGUCCGGGUAUUUCACUAAAUACAGCUGACCAAAGACUGUUGGAUGCAAGUUUGCAGUUCCAGAAGAAGCAAGGAAAAAGUACCAUUGAUGUGUGGUGGCUUUUUGAUGAUGGCGGUCUGACACUGUUGAUACCAUACCUACUGACCACAAAGAAGAAAUGGAAGGAUUGCAAAAUCCGAGUAUUUAUUGGUGGAAAAAUUAACAGAAUAGACCAUGACAGAAGAGCAAUGGCAACAUUACUCAGCAAGUUCAGAAUUGAUUUCUCAGAUAUUAUGGUGCUUGGUGAUAUCAACACAAAGCCAAAAAAAGAGAAUGUUGCAGCUUUUGAACAGAUGAUUGAACCAUUCCGACUUCAUGAAGAUGAAAAAGAGCAAGACGUAGCUGACAAAAUGAAGGAAGAGGAACCCUGGAGGAUUACAGAUAAUGAAUUAGAACUUUAUAAAACUAAGACACAUCGCCAAAUUCGAUUAAACGAGUUGUUGAAAGAGCACUCAAGUACAUCUAAUAUCAUUGUUAUGAGCUUUCCAGUUGCAAGGAAAGGAGCAGUGUCUAGUGCACUUUAUAUGGCUUGGAUUGAGGCUCUCUCAAAAGAUUUGCCACCCAUCCUUCUUGUCCGUGGGAACCAUCAGAGCGUCCUUACAUUCUAUUCUUAAGCAGUCAUGGCCACACAGCCCUGGGGAGAUGGUACUUCGGUGGCUGAAAUGCAAGCUUCAUUGCAUACUUUGUAUCCCAUAUUUGCAGAACUUGACUUUUCAUGAUUCCACAGACUUGAAAGCACACAAAGGAAAAUAUUAUUUUAUUUCCACGGUUGGGAAAUGAGCAGUUCUUACUGCUUUUGUUACAUAACAGGUGAAUCGUUGCUUUAUAAGGGAGAUUCCGAUGUAUGGGACUGAAAUACAUGGAAGUUUAAUUUCUCUGCUACUUGAACGGCAGCAAUAAAAAAAAAAGUGUGUUUGUUUUUAUUUUGACCAGUGAAAGGAUUCUAGAUUUGUAAAAGCCUUUAGCCUUGAGGUGCCUUUUUUGAAAAUUAACCAAACUUCAUCCAUACCCCUUUUUUAUAAACUUGUAUAGAAUGUAUAAUCUGCCUUUAUCUACGACUUUAGAUCAAAAAAACCCUCUAGUUUCUAAUCUCUUCCAUCUGAUUGAUAACUUAUGCUGCUUUUCCGUCUUCCAUUAAGCUACUCACUCCUAUUAUAUGUCAUAAAUGUUUCCUUUUUUUUUUUUUUUUUUUUUUACUUUUGUUUGUAAGAUAAUGCACAUGGGGUUGAACAAGUCAGUUGUUUCCAUAAUAAAAAUAUAAAGUUAGAAAAAGAUUCAAGAAACUGUAUUGGUGUAUCCCAACAAUUGGAAUAGUUUUAUUCUACUUUAUUGUUACUUUAAAAAAAAAAAAAAAAAAAAGUGUGUACAAUGUGUUUCCUUUAAGCCUUUGAUUGCAAUGUGGGUGAGAAAAUGUAUGCCAUUCAGUCAUUUAAAGGGUAAGUUAUAGCUCUGUGAAGUUAUCUGAAAAAAUGUCUGCAUGUGCAACUUGGCAGUGUCUCUAACCCAUUCAUUUCCAGUCAAAAUAAAAUAAAUUGUUACAGUUUAAAUAAUUUACUCUUUAGUGGGUGAUGGAGGAUUAUAUUUUAUGUGCCCCCUAGUCUAAAUAAACAAAUGAACAGAAUAUGUGUGAAGUUAAGAAUUACAAGUCAUUGUUUUGUGCAAGUGAAGACCAAUAUUGUUUUAUCAUAUUAAAGGUCACACCAAGCCAUCCCAUCUAGUGUCUCAGUGUAUAGUAAUAUUUAUACGCUAACGGUUAUGUCUCUAACUGGUUAAACUAACUGGUGGACCAUCAAUUAUAACUUGCAAUCUGUUGUUAGGAAUAGUGUAGUGAAGCUACGGAUGCCUGAAGAAUGUCUUAGUUAUGUUUUUGUUGCUACUUGGAUUCUAAAAUAUGUUGUUGCACAUGCAGUAACAUUGCGGUUUAUGCAUAAUGAGCAAUUCUGCAUCAAAGUUCUAAAAGUGAUGCAAUUGCCAUGGAAAGCUGUGGAAUAUGUAAAUGGCCCAGCUUUCAUAAUGGUGCCAGGAAUUGUUUUUAUGUUUUUCUUUUUCAUAUAACUUCAUUGUCUUUUUCUUUACCCAAGUCAGAAAUAGCCAUUUCUAAGAAAUCUGGAAAGGUACAUUAACAAAAGUAUUGCAAAUAUUGUGGUACAAUGAACAAUUGGAGUAAUUGCAUGUUCAUGGCAAGUGUAGGCAACCUAUGCUAUGGUGACUGCAAACUAUGGGAGUUAUCAUGCAUCACUGUACCUGUUACAGGUAACUUAUCCCUAAUUUCACAAUAUGUUCUUCUGUGAAAGGCAUACAUAGACUACAUCCUUUUUUUGUGAUUAGCUUGGUAAAUUAUUGUGAAAUCUUAUUAAAGUAAGAGGCAAGCGAUCCAAAUAAAUGUGAGAAAUAGGUCAAUUAUAGUUCUUCUAAUUACUAUACCCUGCAUAGUGUUUCUAUUUUCAAAUGAGGGCCAGCAUAGAUUAGAAGCAAUGUAUUUCCAUUCAGAAACGGCCAUAAAUAUGUGGUUUGACUUACUUAAUCUGAAACGGUUUCCUUCAACGUAAUCAUACUAUUGAAUGUUUUUAAAUGUUUUAUUUUCUCAAACCUCUCUUCUAAUUAUCUGAGUUAAAGAAAAUAGAUUUAUUUAAAGAGCAAUCAUUUUAAAUGUGGGACAUUGCUUUCCGUGCUUGAUUUCUACAACAUUGCCCUAGAACUGCUCUCUCUGUAACUGAAAAUACAUCAUAAUAGAAUCUUCCGAAAACCUAAAAAUAUGCUGUAAACACUUUGGAUGCAAAAAUUGGUUGUAGAAUUUACAUACGAAUGUUAUGCAUUUAAAAACCAGAUGUAGCUUUAAAGACCUUUAUAACUUUACCAAACGUUUUCUCAAUUUGAAGCUUGUUUUCUGUGGCAAUAUCAUGCAACUUUAGGGUGAGUUUCCAUGCCCAUCAUGGGUAGUUACAAUGCACAAAGCCUUUGUGUCAGCUGGCUUUAGAUGACUGGUUUUAAGACAAUGUAAAUAUUUUGAAAUGCAGCUUUAGAUGUGUUUAAUUUUAUUCUAUACAUUUAUCGCCUACUUUUGUCCUAUUUGUUGUAAUGCUACCAUGAAUUCCAUCUGGUCCUAUAUGUGGCUGUGCCUUUAUAUGUUAAUUGUACAUUCUUAAUGUCAUGAUCAGUGAGUGGGCUGCUGAACUGUAGGACAUGGGUUUUAGUGCUGCUAUAUCGGUACUUUUGUCUUCUACUUAUGGAACAGUGUUUAUGUAUUUUUGACAGGUCAGGUUAUGGAUAUAAAUGCUCGAGCCCAUCUAUCUCCGUUGAUUAGCUGAGCUUCUUAUAUUAAGCAAGGCUAUAUCUUGAACCGGUUAUCUUGCUGAUUCUUUAUAACUGUGCUCCACGACACUGCCCACAAGUUCUAAUCAGCUGGUCAUGUUUUCAAAACUGACAUGAGAACUGUUGGGAUUAUAAAGUCUUUACACCUAACCUUGGGUUGCAAUUCGUUUAUCAAGAAAAAUCAUAUCCAAUAUAGUCAAGCUGAUAAUUACUCUUAACUUCUCAAAUUUAGUAUAAUUUCUAAGGUCCAAUGUAACUCAUUGCACAAUGAACGCCCUAAUGUCCAGGGCUGGAUAUUACAUUCAAAAUAGAAUUGAAGAUGAACAUGAUGUAUAACCCCCUCCCCAAGGAUAGACUGAACAUGAUUCAUGAAAGGGGCCUGGAAACCUGGUCACUAAGUGAGAUGAGCACAAUUUUAAGGAAUACAGUAUUGAAGGUCUUAUACCAGCAGCAUGGCUCUUAAAGGGGAAAUAUCACUGAAAUUCCAAAUAUUUUUAUUUAUUGUAUAGAACGAAGGUAGAUUAUAGUGAAAACUAUAGAUCCCAAAUUGCUUGACUGUCUAUUCUAGGCCCAAAUAUCUAGUUUGAAAUGUAUUGCCAGGUAUCUUGGGAUGCCAGCAGGACUUUAUAGUGCUAUCAGUGAUCAAUAACCAUGGUAUGCCAUACAGACAUUAUGUAUUUAGAGACCAGAAUCCAAUGACAGGAACAAAUUAUAGCAGAUAGUAUUAUAAUUUGAAUAAAUCCUGCAUCUGGCAAACAGUCAUCUUUCCUUUUAGCAAGCUACAGUUGAGAUUCACGAUAGAACAUAUUAAACUAAAGAUAUGUGUAUAUCCAGUUAGAUAUCGAUAUGUAACUAAAUACAAUUGUGAAAUUUCCCUUUUAAGAACUUAUGUGCACCUAUUCAUAAAUUGCUUGUUGGUAAUAUUGCUAUGUAAAGAGAGCAAGCUUAAAGGAUGUUAUACCACCCCUCCCCUUAUAGAUGAUAUUUAGGGCUGAAGGCAUUCUGUUGCAAUAUCUACUCUAUAUAACACAAGUACUGACAAAGGUUAAAGGCACUGAGCAUGCUCCUAUUUAUUUAUGAUUGCUGUUAAAUGGCCUGGACUUAUCACAACACAAAGGAACCAGAGUGAACAUGCACAGUAUCUAAAAUGCCCUCAAAACUUUCUACUAGGGAUGUCUGCACGUGUGGAAAUGGGGUAUGACAGCCUUUAUGCUUUUGCGCAUAACUUACACAUAAAUGUGCAAAGAAAAAAUAUAUGUUAAUGUGUGUGUAUAUAUAAACAACUUUCUUCUGAUGCAAAAUUUGGGGUAUACUAUUUAUCCUUGUAACUAUUCCGAGCACUUUCACAGAAAAAAACAAAACAAAAAGCAUUUCCAAGACUAUUGGACACCUUAAUUUUUAAGUACACUCUUUUAAUAGCAUAGCAUCUGUUUCGUUAUAUACUUACAUGUUGAGAGAAUUAAAUUAACAAUGUGUUUAGUCUUUUUUUAGUACAAUAAUUGUUAUGUAUGUAUUUGCCUAAGUUAAUUUCAUACUCUGUGCUAGUAAGUGUAACAAAUAGCUCAUUAUUUAUGAUUUCUUUUGAAAAGCUGUGUUCUUUUAUGUUUGGGAUUUUUAGAACUUUCCAUUAUUGCAUUUUUAAAACUUAUUUUUAUAUGCAUUCCAGACAUUGGACAGUAAUAAAAAACAAUG